UUUGUUCUCUGUGCCUGUGUGAAUGGUAGUGCUGAGCCCUCUCGAAACAUUUUGCUUAACUGGGGAAGUGGAGGUGGCAGAAUUUAGCUGUGAAAAAUUCCUGGAGUUUGCAACAGCCAGCAGCUGGUUAGGACACAGUGUCAAACAGCUAAGGUUACCAUGUGGCAUUGUUGGAUGCCCUUCAUCUUGGUCUGGGUAUCCAUGGCAACCCCAGCCAUGUGCCAAAGUGGAGACUGGGGUUCAGGCUUUGACAUUUACUCUGAGAUAAUAGCCACCAAUGACACAUCUCAGGCAGCUGGUGAUGAGCCUGCGAGGAUAAGAAACAAUCAGGACUGGAUCACAUCAGCAGCUUUCUCACCAUCGCCAUCGCCAUCACCAUCACCUGCGCUGCAGUACGAGCCUCAACCUGACAAGUGCUCGGUCUUCUUCAACACUAACACUGCUUGGGCUCAAAGGCUGAAGGCCGAGAAAGAGGAGCUGGCCUAUCUGCAGGCCAUCCAGCAUGGAAACAAAGCGGUGAUGGAGAACUUGUUGCAGUUUGUGGGGGCAGAGCUGGGAGAUCAGAGCUAUGAAGAUGUGAUUAAGGAAAAUGUCAUUGGGAUCCAAGAGGACCACAAAAGUUGCCACGAGGUGGUAGAGAAGGCUGAGGAAGAUAUGGAACAGCAGCUGGAGGGCGAAGUGCUGCAUGCUGGGAUGCAGAAAAUCAGAGAAGAGUCCUUGGCCUUUGAAGACAUGCUCCGCGCUGCAGUGGACAUCGCCAACAGGCUGGAGAUCUCAUCACAGGCCCUGCAUGCAUCAUUUACCAAGCAGCUGAAAGACAUCACCAAAAUCCAUCGCUAAGGAAGUGAUGACAAGACUCGCUGCUCUCAUGUCAUCCUCCAAAUUGAGGAGGAUGUUUGGUAUCCUGUGUGAGACCCAAAACAAGGGAAAUGCUUUUAAUUAAGUUAACCAUACACAGAGCACUGAGAUACAACAAUGUGUCAACGUCAGCCAGUAAAGCAACUGUAUGAAUGAACAAAAGAUGAGAAAACGAUUAGAAAAAAUAAUUGUUGGGUAAAAAAACACAUUCCCUUUCACCAACAUUAUAAUCCCGUAAGCCAUUAAAUAUUAUUUUCCAUCCAGGCAUUAUUAUUUGUGGAACUGGGUGAGGACAAAUGUGGUAACAGUAUGUAGUGCAGGUUUAAGCCAAGUUGAGUGUUUAUGGAUCAAACUAGAUUGGCCUUUAGAGACUGAACAUAAUGGCUCUGUUAGUCUUCUCUAGAGGAAGCUAUGGAUUGGCCAUCUGGUUCCAGGGUGAGGAUGGAGGCCAGGAUACAGUUAGGAUGACUAGCGUGUUCCAGUGGACAUUUUGUUUUUGCAAGACUGCAAUGCAUAUUUAUAAAGCAUUGUUAUCUGUCAUUUGGGGAAAACUAUGCAGUAACCCUACUCAGUCGCCAGAAGAAAUUGUUGGCAUUGUAUAUUACUGCAAACCACAGAAAUGUUAAAUUGGUACUUUUCAUAUGUAUCAUAUCAGCGUUUCUAAAGUGGUGUAGCAUAUGAGCUGUCUUUAUCAACGUGAGGUGCAGGGGAUGAUGGACUGAUAUAAAUUUUUCCUUUUUUUGUCAACCUAAGCAAUCCACAGGCAAACUGGCAGUUGAAAUGUAGCUUCCUCAUAUCCCUCCUUUUAAACACCACACACACGUAAUUAAGGAGGGAAGCGCAGGGUCGGCCAUAAUAUGGCUCUCCUGAAGCAGUUAGGGGUUCCUUGCCUUGUUCAACAACCCAUCAGCAGUGCCCUGGAGGCCCUGAGCUGCUGCCGCCUCGGACAGUGGUUCCCAACUGGUGAAGAUUUGUCUCCAGUCAUUAGUUCAAGGUCCACACAGUUUAAUACAUUCAGCGUCAUAGUUGUGUUUGGCCACGUCAUCGAGUUUGCUGUCUCUGUCAAGUUGCUAUCCGUUAGUCACUUACUCUGCAGCAGGAAACAGCAAUUCAAAAUGAAAGCUCUGUGCUGUAAA